AUGUCAGACGCAGCAUUUUUCUAUGGUACCUUAAUGUCGCCUGAAGUUCGCAGUCGAGUGCUAUGUGGUUUGAUCGCUACAUCGGAAUCAAGAAUAGCCAAGCUUGAAACUUUGCAACUGCGCCCUGCCAUACUAAAGGUAAAACAGCACUUUGAAUUCGCCACAAAAAGGAACAGUGUUUCCAGAGAACAUAAGAGGGAUCUUUGUGCUAAAAUUGAAGAACCCGGGCAGGGCCAUAAACGUCAUGCCCUGAAAAACUUGGAGUAUCCAGGCGUGGUUUAUACCGGUCGUGAUGAGGAUCAAGUAAGGGGAAUACUAUGCGAGGGACUCAAUCCGCAAGAUGUCAAGCGUCUUGAUGCAUUUGAAGGCGAUGACAAUUUCCAGGUAGUGCCUUCAACACCCAGCUACAGUGAUACUGAAGAGCAGUUACUUAGCGGUGCCGGUGACCGGGACGAAGACGAUCUCAGCCCUACAAGUCAGGAACUAGUCAAAGGCAGUGGCGAACUGGAAGAGCCUCCACCGGUGGAAUGGAGUCCUGCCGUGAAAAUGGUCGCUAGUGGUGUCAAAAGAAUAGCAACGCCGGUAUUACGGGUGGUUUUUGCGCCUCGAGCUCAGCGAACGUUCAUUAAAGGAACAGCUAUUGUGAUUGUGCUGCUGUGGAUCUUGCUUACCAGUAUCGCUGCCUACAUGACUUUUUAUCGACAAUACAUCCCUAAAACAUCCCAUACCGAACCCAUUUACUUCCAGUAUCAUCAACAACAAGAAGGUCCAUUGGGUGUCGUUGACCUUGCCAAAAGUCAACCAUAUGCUCCUUUACGUCAUGAACAAGCAUAUGAUGUAUCCGUUACGCUUCAUGUCCCUACAUCAGAUGUGAACUUUGAUCUAGGCAAUUUCAUGAUCAAGACUUGGUUGCAGACUGGAGAUGGUACAAGUGUUGUUCAUUCAAGCCGUCCGGCUAUUCUUCGUUAUCAGUCGAAAACACAGCGCAUGUUGCAUGUCUUGGCCAAGGCUCUGCCCUUGCUCGUUGGUUUGACCGAAGAAAGCCAAGUUAUCACCGUGCCAUUAAUUAAAGGAUAUGUCGAGGACAAGGCAGGUGUUAUUUUAGCUCACAAACUGAAAGCGAAGGAUCUAAAUGUCGGGUUGGCCAAACAUGUAACACAAGCCAUCAUUUCAAUCUCUACCCAUCAGCUACAACUGUAUGAUGCAAAUAUCCACGUCGUUGCUGACUUUAGAGGAUUAAGAUACUACAUGUAUCAUCGUCGUUUCAUUACAGCACUUGGAUUCAUUGUCAUGUUCAUCCUUAUUGAAAUGAUCUGUGCUGCAAUUGCCUGGAAGUUCUUUGGCCAAAACUUAUGGAACAAGAUUCAUGCCGUAUUCGAACAGAUGGAGUUGGAAGAGCAGCAGCGACGAGAGCAAGAAGAGCUGGAUAUUCCUGAGGGAGAAGACGAGUAUCGUGAGGAUCGGGAUGAGGAAGAUGGCGCCGAUUACCGUCGACACCAUGAAGAAACACCCCUAGCUGGCCAAGCUUCUUCCAAUCCUGUGGAUCCAGAUGUUCCUCCUCGUCAACAUUAG